AAGCCUUUGACGGAAGGGAUCUCUUUUUCUCUUUCUCUCUCCUCGGAUUUCAGGUUUGAGUUUAAUAUAAAAUGUUCACAAUCUUCUAUCUUGUCCCUUUAUACUCGCAGCUUAUUUCGGGAAGAUUUACUUUGCUUCAUAGACUGAUAACUUCUGGUGGAGAAGCAUUGUUCUUAAUUCGUCUGUUACUUACUACUCAUACUAUUGAAAUCAGUAUUUCAAAAUGGCCAAUAUGAAUAACUCGGACAUUGAAGUCAAGAUUGAAGAACGAAGUACGAACCUUCCAUGGUAUCAACUCACUAUUCCGUCUGCCAAACUCGAUGGAGCAAUUCGCGAGUUGCUCGAAGACUACGCGGGAUUCCCACCUUCCGAAGUCGAGCCUCAUGUUUACAAAAUUCGUAAUCGUGCUUGGAGUAUCUUCCCCUAUCCUUGCAUAGGGGCUUUCCAAUUCCUCGACAUCGUUAUCACAUCCUUCCCAUACUAUCCUACACUCCUCACGCGAUUAGCUUCUCCAGGUACCAAGUUCCUCGAUCUUGGUUGUUGCUUUGGACAAGUCAUUCGACGACUUGUCUACGAUGGUGCUCUGCCAGAAAAUCUUUAUGGUUGCGACUUGCGAACCGAGUUCUUUGAACUCGGCUAUGAUCUCUUUAAGGAUAAAGACAAUUUGAAGAGUACGCUCUUCAAAGCAGAUAUAUUUGAUGAGGACAAUGUGGAUGUGAAAAGGCUUGAGGGAGAUAUUGAUGUAAUCUAUGCCGGAAGUUUUCUCCAUAUGUAUGGAUGGGAUGAUCAGGUUAAGAUAUGCAAGAUAUUGGCAAGAGCUAUGAAGAAAGAGGGAAGUGUGCUUAUGGGAAGGCAGGGUGGAGGCAAAGUUGCAAAAGAGGUAACAUUUCCCCUUCACGAAGAGAGCAAGAUGUUUGUGCAUAACGCGGAGAGCUUUCGAAAGAUGUGGGACGAGGCAAGCGAGGCGAGUGGCACAAAAUGGAAAGUCGAAUGUGAGGAGGUUCAACUACGCAGUGAUGAUUGGAAAGGAGCGGAAGGGAUGGUUUGGGUUCAAUUUGUUAUCUUCAGAGAAUAGGUAGAUUUUUUUAUAUUCUUAGAGAGCCUAAACUGAGCUAUAAACAAUAUAGAAUAUACGAGUUACAUUCAACCAACCAAUUUGGUGGGUGAAGAUUACAGACUUUUAUCUUAGCAAAAGAGUAAUAGAGAUUGCAUUUUUUGCAACAAA